AUGGAUUCCAAUCAUACCAGCCCAUCCACCACCUCGCCGUUGUCCACGUCGGACACGGCGAUGUUGGAGGUCCUGGUCCCCGGCUAUGGCUUUAUAUCGGGCAUGUUAAUGUCCUACCUUAAUUUUGAUAUCAGUGCCUACUUCCAGGUUUUGGUCGGACUUGCCGUCUUCGGCGCCAGCGCUCGAUACGCUCUAUAUAUUAUCUGGGGGCACUUCAAUGAGUUGUUUGUCUCAAGAGCCGAGAUCCGCCUGGAAGAUGAGACAUUCCACUAUUUGAUGUUUUGGAUCUCGCGCCAGCCACAUAUGAAAACCACCAACCGAUUUGUUGCAGCUAUCAAGACCAACAGCUAUUGGAGCGAUGGGGAAACAGAUGAAGAAGAUCUAGAACUAGAAGAAGACGACGACGACAAUGAAAUCUUCAACGGCGACAAAAGCGCUUCUUUUGAUUCUUACUGGGCCAAGGCGACCAGUCGGGACAAAUACAAGAAACUGCGCUUUACACCCUCCGAAGGCUGCCACUACUUCUGGUACAAGAACAGGCCACUCAUGCUUGAGCGCCAACACCGGGAGGGAGGAUGGUAUAUGAUGAACAACGAACGAAUCUUGCUUUCAUGCCUUGGUCGGAACCCUGAGAUCUUGAAAUCGCUGCUGGUCGAGGCUCAACAAGCGUAUGUUGAGCGUGACAGCAACCGCACAGUAAUCUACCGCGGCUCCCGGUAUUCCGCCGGCCAGUCGUUCAGCUGGUAUCGGUGCAUGGCACGGUUACCACGCCCUCUUUCAACUGUUAUUCUUGACCAAGAGCAAAAGCAAGAUUUCCUCGAUGAUAUUAAGGAGUAUUUGCACCCCCGCACACGACGCUGGUACUCCAAUCGUGGUAUUCCUUAUCGACGCGGAUACCUCCUACACGGCCACCCAGGAACCGGAAAGACGAGUUUAUGCUUUGCAGCAGCGGGUCUUCUUGGACUGAAGCUCUACCUGCUCGAUCUAAACUCUAAAUCACUAGACGAGGAAGGCCUGGCGGUAUUGUUCUCGGAAUUGCCCCGCCGAUGCAUUAUCCUCCUCGAAGAUGUCGACUCAGCAGGAAUUACAAAGACUCGAGAAGCUACCUCUACAUCUGCCACUCCUUCUGUUCCUGCACCAGAAACUGUUGCGGCUGCAGCCACAUGCGAUAACAGCGACACCAAGUUGGAUCCUGCAGCCGCCAAGGACGACACCAAGAAAGGUGGAAUCACGCUAUCGGGACUUUUGAAUGUGAUUGAUGGUGUUGCGGCCAGCGAAGGCCGCAUCCUCAUCAUGACAACUAAUCACAUGGAGAAGCUUGACCCGGCGCUCCUCCGUCCUGGACGUGUUGACAUGAUGAUUAGUUUCGGAUACACCAGCGAAGCGGAUAUUAAAGAGCUUUUCACCUCCAUCUACAUCACGACGGAGAACGAUGUUACACGUCGUCGAAAGUCCCCACCCCCCACCAAUGGUACCAAUGGCUCAAUUAAGAUACCGACAUCCAACGGUAUUACUUAUACCACGAAGGCCAAUGGAAUGAAUGGUCAUAAACCUGAAAGCAAUGGAACAGCAGAGAAGAUCAAACAAGAUGAUCUACAGAAACGCGCUGCACACCUCCGGUCUCGGAUCUUGGAGUUGGCCUCUGAGUUUGCUGCUAUCAUUCCGAGUGGCGAGUUUACUGCUGCAGAGAUUCAGGGAUAUCUUCUUAAUCACAAGGAGGCACCCGAGGUAGCGAUCCAGGGCGCAGCAGAGUGGGUGAAAACAACGCGGGAGAAGAAGCGCGCUAGGGAGGCGAAGCUGGAGGAGGAAUCUGCUUAG